CCAUGCUUUGCGCUAAAUUACCUUCGGCUUACCCGCCUUCCCUCCCCCGCGCUCCGUCUCGCCCAGUGCGGACCCCUCCAUCACUCUCCGUGCAUCGGCUGAAGCGGGCGACACGCGCCGGUCGGCCAGGCGCCGCGAAAGUCUUCAGCGCUCCUUAGCGCUCUCCCCUCCCUGGAAGACUCACGCGAGAAGAGGAAGUGGCGGCGGCGCAAGACUCCCAUUGUUGCAUCGGCAGCUCCGUGCCGCUCAAGGGAUACGUUCCUUUUGUUUAGCUCUAUGGUUGACUGUGGGGGACCGUCUAGUUUAGCUCUAUGGUUCUGAAGCAUCGUGCCCGCCGCCUGAGAGUUUGAAGCGGCGGCUCAGGUGACUUCUGUGAGUGCUCUUGUGCUCUGCAGAUACCAUCAUCUAUUUCCAAAGAUGUAUAUGCUGGUUGAAAACCACUCAGACACAGUUCUUCAUCUGAAGAGGUCACCUGGUAUCAGAUCUUGGUCUCUUCUUGUAGGGAUCUCUUCUGUAGGUUUGGCUGCUGGUUACUACAGUGACGAUAGCUGGGGAUGGAAAUUCUUUUAUCUUGUUGGCUGUCUCUUUGUUGCUGUGCAAAAUCUGGAGGACUGGGAGGAAGCUAUAUUUCAAAAAGAUGCAGGGAAAGUUAUUCUAAAGUCGUUCAAUCUUUACAAAAAGUUGCUGACCCUGUCAAAGGCUGGUCACGAACAAGCAGUGGUGGUUCCACUGGAUGAAAUUCGGGCUGUCAAUGUGGAAGAAGAGAAAGUGCGUUACUUUGGGAAGGGAUACCUAGUUGUGCUGCGGUUUGGCACCGGGUUUUCGCAUCCUCUGACACAGAGUGCAGUGAUGGGCUGCAGAAGUGAUGUUGAGGCUGUGGCCAAGCUGAUUACUGGCUUUCUUGAACUGAACAAGGUGCCAACUCAGCUAGACUUUGAAAACAGCAGUGAAACCGACAUUAGUGAUGAAGAGGAACCCAAGGACAAGUAGCUAUGUGAAUGCUGAUGGACAGAAAACAACAACUGUAGUACAGAACAGAACUGCGUAUCUUUUGGGUUCUAGACAUUUCUCUUGAUUUUUGGCUUUCCUUCUGUGUAAAUCUCUUUCUAGCUAGAGCUACCAAUUUAGAAGGAAAGGGACCCCUAGAUGAACUCUUAUUUUUGAUGUCUUUCAUCCUUCCCAACUCAGCAAAUCUUUAGUUGAAACUUACCUUGAUGUGACCUUAGAGGAACCAAAGCAAAAUGUUGGCCCAGUUCAGAUGAUCACCUAAACCAGAGGUACGGAACUUAAGGCCUAGGAUUAAGAUUCAGUCUACCUGGGACCCCCAACUUCCCGUUGUUACUCAGAAAGUCUCUGGCUGCACCCUUUUCCCUCCAGUGACCUAUUGCUGGUUUCCAGACCUCUGUCCAGUUUUUCUCCAAUAUAAAAAGUUAAAAUGCAUCCCCUAAGGGUUUGGUACUGAAAAAGAGCCCUGAAGUAUACUAGUAUUUUGGCACUGCUCACCACUGGUAUGUGGCUCUUGAGAAUGUCUUCAAAAUGGAAUUUAACCCUUGGACUGAAAGAGUUUCUUCUCCCUGACCUAAAAGGUGAGCCUUGAGCUCACGCCAAGGUGAGAGAGAGAGACCUUUCCUUUCCGUGCAGGAACUUUCACAUCAGGACUACAAUUCUGCCCAAACCUGGAACUGUUUUUUCCCCUAAACAAAUUUAACCAAAGCAAAACAGUAUUCUAAACCAUGGCUAGAACAAGCCACAUGUAAUACUGGACUGGUUUUUUCAAAGAGGAAGCAUUUACUCUUGCACGCAAAGAAAAAGAGAGUAAGGUGAUCCCAAGUUUAUUGUGACUUGUCAGUUGUGAAACCCAUGAUUUUGGUGUUUGUCUGAAGAAGAGCAUUAUUGUUGCCUUACUUGUAAACAAAUCUUAACAAGCCAUCUUAGUCAUUAGUUACAGACUACUAAGAUCUAUAUGUUUCUGUAUUCCACCAUGUAUUUGACAGCAGUCAAAUCCAACUUUGAUGCUCCUGUGUAACUUAAAUUUUUCUAUGUUAACAUCAUUUUCCAAAGGAAAUUUCCAGUGUAACAGAUAUUCAGAAGAACCAUUUUUUAAAAAUGCAUUUGUGGAAGUGGGUGUGUGAGAGAGCAAGCGAAUGAGUGAACGAGCUGUCGAUAUGGUUUAAUUGUAAGGUUUUAUUUUUUAAGAAAGGAAAGGCAGGAAACUUCAGAAUGGUUGAGCUGGUUUGAUUUAUCUCAAAUAGGUGUUAAGAGCUGUCCUUAAUUUAAAAAUAUAUACCUCACAGUGUAAGAGUUGCAAGGGUGCAAACCAACUGUGAUGGCAGGAAGCCUCCCGGAGACUCAUGUGCACAAUGGGAGGAAUGAUGGGAAGUGCUAUCUGCCUCCCUGCCCUUCUUGCCUUGCAUUUUUGCUAGACGACUGUUUUUGACUGGGAAGUGGGGGGCAUGGGGGGUGGGCAGGCAAGGAGGCUACAAAUGAGAGGGGUUAUGUCAUACCCUGGCCUCUGCAGUCUCCCCUCCCUGCCCACCAGAGCACUCCCGUGAAGUUGAGUUCCUGACUUCAGAGAGGAAGGUAGGGUGGUUGUUCCUGCACUGGCUGUGAGCUGGGGCUCUAAGGGUGGGAAAUCCAAGUACCCUGUGUCUCCUAGGUGAGGUCUAGGAGCAUAUGCGCACUCUGAAAGUGUCUUUGAUUUACAUCUAUACUUUGUGUUAUCUUUGUAAUGGUAGCUAUUUUAUAAUAAAUGUCUAGGGUUAGAGUGAAAAAAAAAUAGAUUUCAGAUCAUUCCUACCACUCAAGUGUUUUAAGGUGUCAAUUGUUAAUGUGAACUGUUCUGUAGAAUAGCAUUUCAUUUGUUGUACAAAUUGUAAAGGUACCUGCACUGUUUGAUAGUCAGUAUUAAGAUAUCUGGUCAGAGACAUGAAUUUCUUAGUAGAAGAGUGGAGAAAUCUGAAAAACCAUCCUGUAGAUACUUGCUUACUGUAGAUAUGAGUGCAGUCAAUGGAUGGGGGGGGGUGUUUUUAUUUUGGUGAAUCUUAAGUGCACAAAACUUGAAAUAUCAGACAACACCUGUAUUUUUGAGCGUUCUCUAAAAGUGUAGGUCAGGCUCAAAUUCAUUUGUAUUAGAAUUUAAAUCUAUUGCAGUGACGAAUUACAUCUAUCUAAAUCAGAUUAAAUAGCAAUUUCUCCAUAUCUCAUAUUUUCCUUCAACUACAGAUUUGCGGCCUUGGGAUGGUUAAGGAGCUUCCAGUGCAUUUGCCUCUUGCAGCUGCAGCCACCAGUUCCAUCUGGUGAGAUGCCUGCAGUCUCUUCUAUUGCAUGGGAAGCUGGUGCUUAUCAUCCACGUUAAGGCCCAACUACUGCCAGGCACCCUGUGUAGGUACAUAUCCAUGUUCUGCUGGAACAAGCCAGGGUCUAAGUAGUACCUAAUUUCCAUGGACUUGGAUUAAACUGUUGAAGGUACAUGGUCUUUUCUGUAGACUCUCAAUGUGAUUGCUGUCUACUGCAGUCCUUCAGCAUAAGGCAGGCUGCAAGUCUGAAAAAUGCACACUUCUGAGGAAAGCUCAGGCUCAACUUUUGGCCAAGGCAACAAGUAGCCUUGAUCCAAAUGGUGAUUCAUUAGCUCAUUUGAACAUUAGGCCUACUUGAACAAUAGCUCUUCCUAGGUGAAGCACAGUACUUAAACACGUGUGCUCUUUGGGAGGAUCUUCAAGCAGCAGCAGAAGUGUAAAUAAGAUUCGUUGGACUGUCUGCAUGUACUGUAUAGGGUCUGACAAUAGUAAAGGCCAGUGUAUUUCAUACUCGAGUUACCACUAAAUGUCCAAACCCCAGAAGCUCUGUGUGAACCACAAGGAACUCAGUUGCAGCCAUUUAGUACUGACAUUCCAGUACUAUAAAUUAAUUUUAAAUUUAUUAGCAAUCCUGUUUGAAUUUGAAAGGACCACUCAUUCCAUAGUGGUCCAUCAUGUCAAGCUUGUUAUAGUUGGUAAAAUUAUGGGAAAUAACAGUAGAAGGGGAAAUUGUGUUGCUUCACCAUGUUGGAUUUUUUAAAGAUGACCACAGUUGCAGUGCUAUACAAACUUACCUGGGCGUAAGUCAUUUGAACUCAGGUUACCUCUGAGGAGGAAAGACCUCACUGUCUGCCUUCAGUAUUCUGGCUUUCAAACUGCACUGGUUUUGGCUUACAACUCCUGAAUGUGGUUGAAGUUUUAAUCCACUGAUUAGACAAUUAAAAGAUGUUACACUGUGGGAACGAUUAGUUCUGGGAAUGAGGAAUACAGCGAGGUUCCCUUUAUGAAUUCUGAAAUGGUGUCUUAGCAGCAAAAUGGUGCAUUUUUCCUCCCCAGUUCUAAACCUGAGCUAGAAGUACAGUUCCUACACUCUUGUACUGGGUGCCUGGGGAAGCGUUACAGUAGUUGGAAUGGUGGGGUUGAAACUAAAGAACAGUUGUUUGACUUAAAAGCCGUUUUGGUACUAAUCCUUAAUAAGAAAGACAAAAACAUCAAAAUUGCCUCACAAUGACUGGUAAUUAAUCUUCCUUGCUAAUUAAAUUGCACCUUCUUAUAAUGACCAUCUGCAAAAGCAUCCAAUGACUUUUUAAAACGCUUAAAUGUAUAUUUAGGAGUAAUUGAUUUUAAAUCCAACUAAAACCAACAAAUGUUGUAUAAAAUACCUAAAUAUGAAAAAAUCCUAUGGAAAUCCUGUAUUUUUGUUGUUGUUUUACUUGUUUAAAAACUAUCAUCUGUACUUAUUUUGGUCAUGUUUAAUAGGUUUGGAAAUCUGUUUAUUCUGGCUCUUUACUAAUACAAUAGUAAAUGAGUAAUAACAGUGUCAGUGACCU